CUAUGCGCAAUACCGAGUCAGGUCAGGACUAGGUCGAUCGCCCCUAGACUUUGCUCAAAGUACUUCUGAACGAUCAAAGGGAUGCGCAGCACGCCAUGAGAGAGCACGACUCACCCGGCAAUGCCGCCAGCAAGUCGGCAAAUGGAUUACAUCUCGCCUGUCGCGAAUGCCAACGUAAAAAAGUCAAGUGCGAUAGAACGUACCCAUGCGGCCAGUGUGAAAAGGCGGGUAUACAGUGCCACAUCUCCACCCGGAAACCGCGAGCCAAGACUGGCAGUAGAGCGGUAGAUGCAGAACUACGAAGCCGGAUCGCGAAGCUGGAAAAGCUGGUAGAGAGCUUCGCGGACGACGACGGGAAAUUGCCAAACCCCGAAACUGCGAGAGCUGCCGGCUUGGGCGGUCAGGAGCGCACCUCGUCCUUUGCGACACCUCCAGCUUUCACGCCAGGCGGUGGUACGGCUAGUCCUGGGAGCCCACGAGAUGCUGCUUCACCAGAUACGAGCAAAUAUGUCGCAGGUAACUUCUGGUCUUCACUCACAUCUGAGGUGAAGGCGCUUGCAGAGGUCUUUGAAGAGGAUACUCGCAGCGAUGAUGGCCAGACGCCCGAAUCAGUGGCUCCCUCUGGACCCUACGCUUACGACCCUGCGACUGGUGCAAGCACACAGCAUGAACUCAUCCUCUGUCCUCCGGGAGCUAUUUACGUUAUGCCCGGCGUGGUGACAGAACCCUCACACGCGGAUGGGCAGAAGCUUUUGUCUGCUUUCCUAACUCACGUGGAGAUACUGUACAAGCUCAUUCAUGUACCGACACUUAAAGCCCUCAUCGAACAUGGUGAGAACUACCUUGGCAGAGCACCGGAUGCUCCCUGCAACCGCGCUCUUCGGGCUUCAGUCUUCUUUGCAGCAGCGAAUGCCCUCACCAAUGAGGAGUCGGAGAGAGAUUUUGGCAAGCCUCAGGAGCAGCUUGUCACGGAAUACCGCCGCAUGGUCGAUAUAGCUCUCUAUCAAACAGACCCUCUCAACACGACAGAGAUUGCAACGCUGCAAGCCUUGGUAUUGUACACGCAGUCGAUACGAGUUGUCGAUGCCAGCAGGAGAGCAUGGUCAUUGGUCGGACUGCUCGUUCGAAUCGCUCGCGCGAUGAGUAUACACCGAGAACUGCCUGGAGAAUCAAUAUACCUCGGCGAGCUGCGUCGUCGACUUUGGUACAAUAUUGUCUUUCUGGACUGCUACGCAUCAAUCGAUCGCGGCUCAGAAUCUGCUAUCCAUCCGGAUAGUUUUACACGACUACUCCCUGCUCACGUCAACGAUUCUGAUUUUGGUCCUGGCAGCACAACACUUUCACCUCGACAAAACGAGCUCACGGAAAUGUCUCUCCCGCUCAUGGCUAUGGAAGGCUCUGCGCUGAGUCUGAGAAUGUCCGCCAUGGAAGAUGCUACUUCCGGACCAAGCUGGCAGCAGCGUCUCGAACUUGCCUACUCGUUUCAAAAGAAAGUGCACGAAAGGAUGCUGCGUCAUUGUGAUCCUGCUAUUCCUGAGCAACAAAUGAUAUUAGACACAGGAUCCGCGGCUUGCCAUUCCAUGAUUUUGCGUGCCGUCCGACCCAUGCAACACAAUCCAAACAGUAUCCCUCCUCGAGUGGAUAGUCCUUGGGUUAUGGACUUGGCACUCAAUAUCCUCCGACGCAGUGAUGAGCUGUGGGCGAAUAUGUCUGGGCGUUGGCGACGUAUGCCAUGGGUUCCGUGGCAAGCUCUUGCGGUGACGCUCGCCGGAUUGUGUUCGAUUCGAGGCACCGAACAGGCGAACGAGGCUUGGGCGUUAAUUGAUAAGAGCAUGGCCCGGUACGCUCCCGAUGUCGCUGACACCAAGGACGGUAGCCUCUGGAAACCUCUGGAGAAGUUACGCAUCAAGGCAGCUGCCUUCCGCGAUGGUGUGGAGCUCCGGCGACCGCAAAAGUCCAGUCUUGCGGCGAUGGAGCAAUCUCUAUCAGCGACUGUUCAAAAGUUCGAUCCCGGCUCGAAUUUCCCAGCAGCUGAUCCCGCAACAUUGCCGAUGUCCUCAACUGCUGGGGCGAUGAAUUACUUGCCACCUGACACUUCGUUUCCUGUUCCAAUGGAUACUGCAGCAUUUGACUUUCCGCCGGAAAUGCAAGCUUCGCUACCGAAUGACACUUCUUGGCUUGAUUGGGAAGCUGUAUUGCAAGACAUGGAUGAGAUUCGUGCAGAUGAUAUGCAGUGGAUGUGAAAUGAUCCCGUACUAGCUUUGCAUCGAUUUCAUCGUUGCAGAAAACUCCACUCAGGAUGAGCUGCUCUGGUGACCCAGAGACUCACAGAAAUUCAACGAAGGGGCAUCUCCACUCGACAUCGAUGGGACGGACAACUGGAACAGUACCCUACAUCUAAAACUCCACUCAGGACAAGAUGCUAGAGAGGUUUAAAGCCUUUGAGAUGUUGUGUUCUUCUGCCAGCUUGAGACGGGUCACUCAAUCUAUUCAAUCGAAAUCACGAAGAGAUAUAUUCGAUAAGGACAGAUCUCCUCUCGGUACCGAUACAUAUCGUCAUCGAUCAACUCCAAGAACAGAAGAGUCAGAGGAGAUUCCAUAUCUAUCGGCAAGCCUUCAACAUCGGCAAAACCGCCACUGCGACAGCGAUCCAGCAGCCUAGAUUCUGCUCUGGGGUUCUUCUGCAACCAUAAUAGCGUCACGAUACCUUCCACUUAUAGAUCGGCACACGAGAAAGACGGGCCAUAACUCAACUCAUAGAAUAUUACACGGC